AUGGCCCAACAAACAAACAUCGGGGAGCUCCUCUCCAUGCUGGAUUCCUCCAAGUUGGGUGUGCGAGAUGACAUAACAACUGUCUUUAAAGAGAACCUCAAUUCAGACCGAGGCCCUAUGCUUGUAAACACCUUGGUGGACUAUUACCUGGAAACUAAUUCUCAGCCGGUAUUGCACAUCCUGACUACAUUGCAAGAGCCACAUGAUAAGCACCUCUUGGACAAGAUCAACGAACAUGUGGGCAAAGCCACCACUCGUUUAUCCAUCCUCUCUCUCUUGGGGCAUGUGAUCCGACUGCAGCCAUCAUGGAAGCACAAGCUCUCUCAAGCACCUCUUUUGCCUUCUUUACUAAAAUGUCUCAAGACUGACACCGAUGUAGUAGUCCUCACAACAGGAGUUUUAGUGUUGAUAACCAUGCUACCAAUGAUCCCACAGUCUGGGAAACAGCACCUUCAUGACUUCUUUGAUAUUUUUGGCCGUCUUUCAUCUUGGUGCCUGAAAAAACCAGGCCAUGUGACAGAAAUCUACCUUGUCCAUCUCCAUGCCAGUGUUUAUGCGCUCUUUCAUCGUCUUUAUGGAAUGUACCCUUGCAACUUUGUCUCCUUUCUACGUUCUCACUACAGUAUGAAGGAAAACUUGGAGACUUUUGAAGAAGUAGUCAGGCCAAUGAUGGAGCAUGUGCGAAUUCAUCCGGAAUUAGUGACUGGAUCCAAGGACCACGAACUGGACCCUCGAAGGUGGAAGAGAUUAGAAACACAUGAUGUUGUCAUAGAGUGUGCCAAAAUCUCUCUGGACCCUACAGAAGCCUCAUAUGAAGAUGGCUAUUCUGUGUCUCACCAAAUCUCAGCACACUUUCCUCAUCGUUCAGCUGAUGUCACCGCCAGCCCUUAUGUUGACACACAGAAUAGCUAUGGGAGUACUACUUCAACCCCUUACUCUACUUCUCGGCUGACGUUCAAUACGCCAGGGCAGCUACCUCAGAAUCUGAGUUCCCCAUCAACACGGCUGUUAACUGAGCCGCCACAAGCUACUCUCUGGAGCCCAUCUAUGGUUUGUGGUAUGACCACUCCUCCAACUUCACCUGGAAAUGUCCCACCUGACUUGUCACAUUCUUACAGUAAAGUCUUUGGUACAACUGCAGGUAGAAAAGGAACCCCUCUGGGGACCCCAGCAACCUCUCCUCCUCCAGCCCCACUCUGCCACUCAGAUGACUAUGUGCACAUUUCAGCCCCUCAGGCCUCAACCACACCCCACAAGAGGGAAGAGAGAACAGAUUCUACAAGGCCAUGUCCCCACAGACAACAGCAUCGUCCUAAUGACAGAGGAUUAGAAGAGUCACAUAGCAGCAAAGGUUCUGUCACUCUGAGUGACCUUCCAGGGUUUUUAGGUGAUCUGGCCUCUGAAGAAGAUAGUGUUGAAAAAGAUAAAGAAGAAGCUGCAAUAUCUAAAGAACUUUCUGAGAUCACUACAACAGAAGCCGAGCCACCUGUGGUUCCACGAGGAGGAUUUGACUCUCCUUUCUACCGAGACAGUCUCCCAGGUUCUCAGCGAAAGACCCAUUCAGCAGCCUCUGGUGCACAAAGCGCUACUGUGAACCCUGAGACUUUAAACUCCUCUCUGGACAAGCUUGGGCCUGACACACCAAAGCAAGCCUUUACUCCCAUAGACCUGCCCUGUGGAGGUGUUGAUGAAAGCCCUGUUGGAACCAGGGAAUGCCAGACUUCUUUGGAGAUGAAUAUCCUCACUCCCAGCCCUUAUAAGAUUCCACCUCAGAGGGGUGUGAGGUUUGGAAGUGGGCAGCCUCCCCCAUAUGAUCACCUUUUUGAGGUGGCAUUGCCAAAGACUGCCUAUCAGUUUGUCAGCAAGAAGACUGAGGAACUGUUUAAAAAAGCAAAAGGAAACACAGAGGAAGAUUAUGUGCCCUCUACCUCCCCGAUGGAAGUACUGGAUAGGCUGAUACAGCAAGGAGCAGAUGCACACACCAAGGAGCUUAACAAGUUGUCUUUGCCCAGUAAGUCUGUAGACUGGACCCACUUUGGAGGCUCUCCUCCCUCAGAUGAGAUCCACACUCUUCGCAACCAGCUGCUUCUUCUGCACAACCAGUUACUCUACGAGCGUUUUAAGAGGCAGCAGCAUGCUCUCCGGAACAGGCGGCUCCUUCGCAAGGUGAUCUGUGCGGCAGCUCUGGAGGAACACAAUGCUGCUAUGAAAGAUCAAUUGAAGUUACAAGAGAAGGAUAUCCAGAUAUGGAAGGUUAGUCUGCAAAAAGAACAAGCCAGAUACAAUCAGCUUCAGGAGCAGCAUGACACUGUGGUAACUCAGCUCCAUAGCCAGAUCAGACAGCUGCAACAUGACCGAGAAGAAUUCUACAACCAGAGCCAGGAAUUACAGACAAAGCUGGAGGACUGCAGGAAUAUGAUUGCAGAACUGCGGAUAGAAUUAAAGAAAGCCAACAACAAGGUGUGUCACACCGAGCUGCUGCUCAGUCAGGUUUCUCAGAAGCUCUCAAAUAGUGAGUCAGUCCAACAGCAGAUGGAGUUCUUGAACAGGCAGCUGUUAGUUCUUGGAGAGGUCAACGAGCUGUACUUGGAGCAACUGCAGAACAAGCAUGCAGACACAACCAAGGAAGUAGAAAUGAUGAAAGCUGCUUAUCGGAAAGAACUAGAAAAAAACAGAAACCACGUCCUCCAGCAGAAUCAAAGACUUGAUACCUCUCAGAAACGGAUUUUGGAACUGGAAUCUCACCUGGCCAAGAAAGAUCACCUAUUUUUGGAGCAGAAAAAAUACUUAGAGGAUGUCAAACUCCAGGCAAGAGAACAACUGAAGGCUGCAGAGAGCCGGUAUGAGGCUCAGAAAAGGAUUACCCAAAUGUUUGAAUUGGAGAUCUUAGAUUUAUAUGGCAGAUUGGAGAAAGAUGGCUUUCUGAAGAAACUUGAAGAAGAAAAAACAGAAGCAGCUGAAGCAGCAGAAGAGAGGCUUGACUGUUGUAAUGACGGCUGCUCCGAUUCAAUACUAGGGCACAAUGAAGAGAUUUAUGGCCACAAUGGUGAGACCAAGAUCCCCAGACCUGGCAGCACCCGGGGCAGUAGUGGAAGUAGAGGAGGCGGAGGAAGCAGCAGCAGCAGUGAGAUUUCUACCCCAGAGAAACCCCCGAACCCGAGGGCAGGCCCAUUCAGCCUUCGGUGGGAAACUACCAUGGGAGAGCCCUCUACCAGCAUCCCUAUGACCGUUGGCUCACUUCCCAGUUCAAAAAGCUUCCUGGGCAUGAAGGCUCGAGAGUUGUUUCGUAAUAAGAGCGAGAGCCAGUGUGAUGAGGACGGCAUGACCAUCAGUAGCCUUUCUGAGACCCUGAAGACAGAACUGGGCAAAGACUCAUGUGUGGAAGCCAAGACUCCCCUGAACCUAGAUGGCCCGCACCCAUCUCCCCCAAACCCAGACAGUGUUGGACAGCUUCAUAUCAUGGACUAUAAUGAGACUCAUCAUGAACACAGCUAA